AUGCCUUCCAUUACCAAGAGCCUGGUCUCACUGACUGUGGGCGCUGCAGUUGUCCAAGCUCAGCUCUGGGACAAAGUUAUUGAGACAAACUACGGCCCCGUCCAGGGAUACAAGUACUUCAACGAGUCAACCCUUGAGAAGUACUUUGAUGUUUCCGAGUCCAAUGUGACCGCUUUCUUGGGUAUUCCCUUCGCCGCGGACACUGGCUACCAAAAUCGCUGGAAACCUCCUCAGUCUCGCGAAAAGUGGAAUACCACCUACAAAGCCACCUCAUGGGGUCACCCUUGUCCUAGCAAUGGUGUCGACAACAUCAGCGAAGACUGCCUCAACCUCAACAUCUGGACCAAUGCUGGCACCGCUGAUGCCAAGCUGCCCGUCAUGGUCUGGAAUCAGGGCUCGGAUGAGACUAGCGACAAUACCUGGUGGUACGGUGGUGGCAUGGCUCUGAAGGACGUUAUUUUGAUCACCUUCAACCGCCGUGACGAUGCAUUCGGCUUCCUUGCUCACCCUGAGCUCAAUGAAGAGGGUUUCAAGGAGACCGGACACUACACUUCCGGCAACUACGGUAUUCUUGACCACCUGGAGGUUCUCAAGUGGGUAAAGAAGAAUAUUGCCAACUUCGGUGGUGAUCCUGAUCGCGUUACUGUCGCGGGUCAGUCCUUCGGUUCCUCUCAGGUCUAUCACGCCGUAAACAGUCAACUUUUCACGGGAUACUUCCACGGCGGUAUCUCUGAGUCCGGUAUUCGAUACCCGUACGACCCUCUUCUGGGUGGUCUAGCUACCUCUUACGUUAAUAUGUCUGCCGCCAUUCAGCAUGGCGUGAACUACACGACCAACCAUAACGCCUCAAGCAUUGCCGAGCUCCGCACCAAAUCCAUGGAAGAUCUAUUGGUUGGCUCCCAGGACCGUGUCAGUGAUGACUAUAUUUGGUGGGUAACCGCGCUCUCUACCGACAACCCCCUGAUCUUCAAGCCCGUCCUUGAUGACUAUGUUCUGCCCAAGAAGUACAUUGAGACUCUUCUCACCGGCCCCGCCAACGACGUCCCCGUCAUCACCGGUAACACCAAGGACGAGUCUGGCGCUUCCCCAAGCACCGACUACACCGUCGCCGAGUACGAGCACUACUGCUCGCUGAAGUACGGCAACCUCUCCAGCCAGUAUUUCAAGCUCUAUCCCGAUCACAAGAAUCAAACCAUCGCCGACCGGGCCUGGAACGCUGCUUCUCGUGAUGCCGGUCUUGUUGGCUCGUGGGCCUAUGCUACCGAAUGGUACAAGGCUGCCGAGUCUAACUUCUACACCUACUACUGGACCCAUGCUCCCCCAGGCCAAAACCAGGGUGCUUUCCACCAGUCGGAGAUCAUGUACGCCCUCAACGCGCUCUACGCCAACACUGAUACUUAUCCAUUCACCGCGGUGGACUACGAGAUCCAGAAGAAGAUGUCGUCCUACUGGGCCAACUUUGCCAAGACCUUGGACCCUAACCAGGGUGGCUCCUAUACUGGCAAGGGUUCUCUGUCCGAAUGGGCUCCCAACAGCCCGAACGGCACUCAGGUUGUUAUGGAGCUUGGAAACUACUUUGGAAAUGUGCCCAUUGCCAAGAAGUCGCAGGUCAAGUUCCUCAUGGACUGGUACCACCAGCAGGUCCCUUACUAA